UAGCCGGGUGGCUUCUGUCCCGAACACGUGUCUACUCACGUUUUCUCGAUUAGAGCUUGCGGUCCAAAUGUCGUGACAACAAGCGUGACUGGAAGUGACUUUACCUAAAACUCUCCUGAUUGGUCUAAAUUGAGAUACGUCAGCCAAUCAUAGUACGCGAUAGUAAUGAACAUUGAUAGCCUUUGUCCCCGUGAUGACCUUCAAGCGCAGUGAAAGGUAAAAGCGUGUUCUAUGUACAACGAAAGGCCAAGGACGCCUGCUUACACAUGUGACUGAAAGUAACCCACAAGCCGAUCGUUCGUCAGCAAUUCUAUGUUUGGCCGGCUACCUCUUCGCUCGGACUGUUUCCAUAAAAUCGUUCUCGAUCGUUGUUGUGGAAUAGAGCGAAAGUGAAUCUUGGCGGGAAUUUCUGUCUUUAGUUCGAAUUUCAGCGCGGUGGUGAACUAUGACCGAGUCUUUCAGAAGCGACUUUUUUCGACGUAGUCCAGUGCUUUCACCCUCGGCUUUAAAACCAGUAUGGGGAGAUUGCCUUGUUUGUGGAGAUCGUGGUACCGGAAAACAUUACGGCAUUGUGGCUUGUGAGGGCUGCAAGGGCUUUUUCAAGAGGAGCGUGAGGAAAAAUUUAAACUACUCUUGUCAAGGAAAUGAAGCUUGCCCAGUUGAUAAAAUCCACAGAAAUAGAUGUCAAAGAUGUCGACUGAACAAAUGUCUGACCAUGGGCAUGAAAAAAGAAGCUGUGCAGUGUGAAAGGAAGCCUAUUACUAAACGUAUGGACGAUGGCACAAAUGAAAACCAACCAAGAACUGCAAGCCUUUCUCCCAGUCAGCAUCGUUCUGUUUAUCCAGGUCACCAGGAAAAGCCAGAAAUUCAACCUCUCUCCCCCAGCAGUAGUUCAUCACCAAACUCUUCUCAGAUAUCACUACCCACAUUUCUUCCUUCAGAGCAGUACGAUUGCAUCAUAAGCUCUGAACAUCUUCAAUUUAAACUUAACACUCCAACCCUUGGUGUUUCUUCAUUAUCAAUGGAAUAUGUUUAUGAAAUUGCUACUCGCCUUCUGUUCCUUACAGUGGACUGGACACGGAGCAUCCAGGCCUUUCGCAGUCUGGAAAAUACUGAUCAACUUGUUCUGCUGCAAAGUACUUGGUCAGAUCUUUUCAUGUUGGGAGUUGCACAAUGCUCUAGUUCUUUCCCCUUGUCGCCAUUGUUGACACUUGCCGCGGUUCACAUGGAACGCAGUGAAUGUAGUGAAGAUCGCAAAUCACCAGUGUUGCCCAAAGAACCAAGCAUGCUUGAGAAAAUUAUGAGUGUUAAGGACUUGUUGUUCAGCCUUGAGAAACUUGAGUUAGAUUCUGUGGAGUACGCAUUCCUCAAGGCAAUUGUACUGUUCAAUUCAGAUUGUCCCAGUCUGAAGAACCCUAAGCAGGUUGAAAGGCUUCAAGAAAAGGCUCACUGCGCUCUCAAGCAUUACGUUGAAAAACAGCACCCCUGCAGCCCCGAACGAUUUGCCAAGAUACUUCUUCGGCUCCCCGCAACCCGAAUGUUGACUCAGCGAGCUGCUGAGGAAUUGUUCUUUUCUCCUUUGAUUGGAACUGUCAGGAUUGAGAGUAUAAUGAACAACAUUAUUUCUAACUCGUUGACAUUUUAAUGUGGAAGUAUUCGGUAAAAUUGAGGGCAACAGAGACUUGCCAUUUUGUUGUCCUGUACCCUUUUCUUUUCAAAACCUCGUAUAACCUCACAAAUUCUGCUAGUAUAUGAGCCAUUUGGUGGUGGUCUUCAGAUUGACAAGAACAGUGAAUCAAAAGCCCGUCUGGUAUACAUGUAACUGAAUGUACUUCACUCUUUUCUUUAUAAGAAUUUAUCUUAUAACAAUAUCGAGGCUGAAAUAUGCGAAUUUUAAGCCGAUUAUUUUAAAAAUAAACCCGAUACUGAGGUUUUAAAAAGAAUUUAAUUUUUGCGUGUUAAAAAUUUGUAAAUACAAUACAAUUAUACGUCUUAAACUAACCCGUGUACAAUUUUUCCUUUCUCUAAAUGGCAAAACUAGCCAAAAACCAACAAACUCAGCACUAGCUUUAUGCUCGAUGCUAAUAACAUUUCUGCAAGAAAUUGCGUGUCAUAUCAGGCGUUAUUGGCUGCAGUCUGGCUCCAAAAUUACUUCAACGCCAUCAAAGUCAUGAUAGGACAGAUAAUCUGACAUUUUGUCGGCAAAGUCCGCUAUGGUUUCCUGUAACUAAUGUAAGAAUAUUCACAAGAAUAAUUUCAGCCUAAAAUCGACAGAAUAUAAAGAUAUUCAACCUGGGCCGGAAAGACAAUAUUCUUAUAAAGGAAAAGAGUGUAAUCGAGAAUUUCAUGGCCACGAAACAGCUAGAUACAGUAAAUCCUGAUUUCUCGAACCUCUCGAUACGCCUCUCGAACCAAAAUUAAAUUUGUUUCCGUCUCCUCAGUUGAACACUGUAAUUUUAACCCUGAUUUCUCGAACUACCCGAUUUUUUCAAACCAAUUUCCGUUUCCCUUGGAGGUUGGAAUAAGCAGGAUUUCACUAUACUCACAAAUAUAUCGUCAAACGAUUUUUUAAAAGAAAAUGUGACAUUUUGGUGCAAGCCAACUUUAUAAUUAAAAAAACACUACAUUUUAUUUUCUCCUAAACCGCAAUAAGUGAAGAUGCACAGAGGUAUCCGGUCAGUUUUACCCCAACACUAUAAGCCCUUAGCCUGUUAGCCCUCAUACAGAAGUCGAUUAGCUCCCAAAUAAGAGUUUCCUUUUAAGCUAAAUUAUGCUUUCUGUACAGAUGCCCCAACGAACAGCCGAGCACACGAAUUCAGAACAUACCGCUCAGUCAUCACAACAGAACCACAAUCAAGGUACAUAAAAUUGACCAACACAAAUUACCUUUCAAUAUUACGCCCUCGAUAAUAGUGGCCACCUUUGUCGUAUUGGCGAGAAUAAUUUACUGAGUUUAAAUAUGGUUUAAAGUAAAGGACAAGUGUUAUUUGACGACCAAUCGAGUCGGGUUGGGGGCUAAUAGUCUUUUCUUGAGGGUUAACUGGCUUAUCGACUUGGGUGCGCAACGACCUACAUUCUGUGCAGGAGAAGCUGUUUUAAUGACCUUAAACAGAAUCGUCUCUCUCUAACUGUAUUCCGCACUUGAAGUUUUCAAUAUUUUGCUAGUGCAAAGUAAAUCAAAGGGAAUUUGGCAAAUAUGAAGUGCAGUUAAACUUCAUGAGUUUCUCCAGUCGCAAAUCGCAGCAUUCGUAAACCAUAGCUCGUGAUGAACGCCCGACAAGAGUGGACGGUGAACUAUUCCAUGUUUUGUACACUGCAGCAAUCUAAAUAGCUCAACAGCUUCUAGUUUUUGACUCGCGGAAAAGAUUGUCAUAACAUGAAUCUAACUGCUGCCAGUAAAGUCUUAUAUCAAAAGUCACAAUAUAUUAAAAGAGCCCAUGGUUAUCUCCCAAGAUGGUUGGCUUCCUGAUAAAAUCAGGGUAGACUGUUUUAUAGCAAAGGAAGUAACACUUGAAUGAUAAAAUAUUAUUCAUAUUUAUUGAAUAGAAAUAAACAUUGUUUAGACAAUUGUUAAGUAAGGUUAUAAUAAUAGCUGUAUUUACUGGAGCCAAGCUAUUGUAAUGUAUAUAAUGUACUAUAAAGCUAACAAAAUAUAAUACUUCUUGGCACGA